AUGUCCGCCGCCAUCGCACAGGAGCUCAUGAACGCUCGCAAUCAAGAUGACUUGGAUCGCAUAGAGCAUGAACAAACGCAAUGUUUAAAGACGUGCCAGAGCACACAGCAGCAGUUGCAAGCAUUCAAUGACUUUAGCAAAGCACGGUACCAGAACAUUAACAAGCACUUUGAGACGCAUACGGCCAUGUUGAAAGAGAUGAAACGUGAUAUGGAUAGCGUGUUUAAAAAGUUAAGAAAGAUCAAGCAUCAAUUAGAGCUAAAGUAUCCUAAUGAGAUGGAAAAAGUGAAGCAGAGAUACCCUCCACCUAUUGUACCCGAAGAAGAUGAUUGA